AUGCCCAAGUUCGUCCCCGUAGCAGACCCGGAAGCCCCGCGCUGGGAGCAGGACGAGGCGAAAUUAGCAAAACACCGGAACUUCGACAGCCACGUCGUCGCCCGCGACCAGACGGAGCAACGCAAGCUCGCGGCCGGUCGCCGCGCGGCGACGAACGCCGAUGAAGGUAGAGCCAACCGCGGCUUCGAGCAGGGCGCCGUGGGCUGGGGCGUCGUCGGCACCUUCGGUUCAGAAGCGAGGGACGCGGACGCGCAGGCGCGGCCCGCCGAGGGCAGCCUCAAAAUGGUGCAGAACGAGAAGGGCCUGUGGGUCCGCGCGGCGCGGGAGGAGGGCGCCGUCGAGGAGGCGCCGCCGCCGCCGCGGUCGCGGUCGCGGUCGCGGAGCCGCUCGCGCGGGCGCCGCCGCCGCGACCGGAGCCGGAGCCGGAGCCGCGGGCGCCGGCGGCGCGACCGGAGCCGGAGCCGCUCGCGGGGCCGGCGGCGGCGGCGGUCGCCCUCGCCUCGUAGUAGAGAGCCCACGCGCGAGGACCGCGAGCGCGCCGCGCUCGACAAGCUGCGGCGCGAGCGCCGGCCGCCGGCGCCGCGGCGGCCCCCGCCGCCGCGGCACCCCCAGCGGCGGCCGCCGUCUCCGAAAAGAGCGAUGCCGCCGCCGCCGCCGCGGCGGCCGCCCACGCCGCCACCUCAAAGAGCACCAUCACCAGAGAACGACGAGGCGCCGCCCGACUUUUCGUUUAGCUGCUCGCAGCUCGUCGAUCGGUUGCUGGAAGUGUUCAAUUCCGACGCGCCUCCACAACAUCGCAAGGCGGCCAUCGAGCAGUGCUUCGCUGAAGAUGGGUUGUCCGUCGCGCCGCUCCGAGCCGGCAAGCGCCCGACGGCGCAGCAGGGCGCGAAAGCUGUGGAGUCGAUCGUGGCGGCGUCCGAGCGUUUGACCGAGGCGUCGCCAUCGAUCCGAGUCUUCAUGGAGAGCGGCGACGAGGCCGAAUCGGACCCGGACCCGGCGCACCCGACGUUAGUCUUGGACGUCUACGCGGCCGGGAGCGCGCCGGGCCUGGCGGCCGUCGUCAAGGGCACGCCCGCCACAACCCUCGUAUUGUGGCGCUGCCUCAAAAACAGGCUGACGCACGCGUGGGUCGCGCCGGACCGCGACGACUACGCGGCCGACUGGGCGGCCGUCGACGAGGACCGGUUCUUACAGUCGCGCGCCAUGGCCGCGACGAACGAGGUCCUCGCCGAGCAGUUGCCGGCCGGGCAGGACUACUGGAACUUCCACUUCAACAACUACUCGGUAGAUAUUGUAGACAUAUAACAG